UGCAGUUUUCCGACCACUCCGUUCCAUUGAUUAGCACAUGUAGAAAAGUGGCCAUCUGUGGAUCGGCCAUGAGCAAAUGAGUUGUCAUAGCAACACACAAUGUUUGCACACAGCGUGCCAGUUCUAUCGCACCGCAAGCGCGAUGUCUUCGGACGACGACGAAACGUCCUGGGUUUUCGAGUCCCUGGUCGGCUACCUGCGCGGUCCCGCGUGGAACAUUCCGAUCAUAACUUUCAUCGAACAGAAAUCGAUCGUGUUCGAACCAGGAUGCGACAACGAAGAAUACCGAAAGAUACACAACGAAUACAAGAACCUGGUUGACUUUAUGCUCGGAAGUCACAUGGAAGACAUGGGGAUAACGCCUGAACAGUUUGAGAAAGUCUGCGGUAAACCAAAUAGGGGCAUAGCUGCCAAAUUUCAUCAGGGUCUCUUUGAGCAGGUCUGGGCAGCAGAUGAUUAUGAAAUAUUCAAGCGUAUGAUGACUCAGAAGAACAUUGAUCUUCAGCUUCAGGCACUAGAGAUCAUGGCUCAGCGAUAUGGUCUCCUGCCAGACUCAUUCCAGGGUGAACCACAGGGUGUGACCGAAGACGCUGAGAAGGCUGAUGAGAAGAACAGCAAAGAUGACGAGGAGGCUCUCAUGGCUCACGUCAUGAAGAAGUCACUGGAAGAAGAGGCAACAGCGAAGGAACAAGAGACGAUGGAAGAGAAGCUCAUUCAGGAAGCCAUUCAGGCCACUCUUCUGGAAAAACAGCGCCUUGAAGCAGAAAGUAGCAAGGAGAAAGAACUCUUGGACAAGGCUCUCAAGUUGUCCCUAGCGGAGUCGCCACAACCUCCCGCCGAGAACGAAGAAACUGUGCCCAAGGAAAAACCGAGCGGUGAAGUGCGGAUAGAUGACGAACUGGCAUGGCGGCACCGAGCGACUACGGAGGAAGUGAACCAGCGCCGAGAAUACCUACGCAACCAGCGUGACAAGCUGGUGGCGCUGAAACGCGUGGAGCGCGAGAAGCAGCUCAACAGCUCGCUCGAGCGAGACGAGCCGCAGCGCCCUCGCUGCCAAGCUGCCAGGGCUGCCCUCGGGGGCACCGUCACGCUCGAGGCACCAAAUGUGGCCGAUCAGGGGAACCUUGCCUUCCGCAAAUCGCUGGCUGCCCGCCUCAAAGCCGAAGUCAUAGAUUCAUAGAGGCCUCGUCCUGCCUUUGCCUGUGGCAACUCCAAAUCUCUCAAGUACUGCUUGCGAUGAAGCUUACGACAUUACUGCAAGUGGCUUGCAAAUUUUCUUGCGACAAAGAGCUUUUAAUCAGAAUUACCAUCGUUUUGCAGAGCGCAAGCAAGCAGCCUUCCUAGAAGAUUGUAUUGAACAUCGAUGAGCAAUUGCGUUGCUUACUGUUAAAUGCGUAUCCCAA